AUGGUGGCAGAAAUUAAAAGAAUGAUCAAGCUCGUCACAGAGCAGCGCAACAUAGAUAAACCAGCGCUUCAAGAAGGAUUCCCAAUGAAAUCAUGGAACAUCGAAAUCUUUAUGUUAGAUGAAAAUGGAAACGAGAAGCCUGCGACCUGCUUUACAAAGGCAGUUUACAAUCUACAUCCUACCUUUCCAAACCCAACUCAAACUUUUACUGAGGCUCCCUUCCGCUGUGAGAAUGAGGGAUGGGGAGAAUUUGACAUGACGAUCGAUUUAUUCACUACUCCAACGGGAGGCAAGCAUAGCAUUGCACACGAUCUCAACUUUGCCAAGAGCCGCUAUGAAGCUAAACACCCCAUUACAUUCAAGAACCCAAGUCGAGAGUUGAUUAAUUCAUUGAGAGAGACCGGGCCAGUUCCAGGAGAUGAAAAUGGAGCCAUUAGAAAGAAGGACGCCGAUGGAAAGAAGAGGAAAAGGACUGGCCAGGUAGACAUGGAGAAGUUGGCAGAAGGAUUAGUCAAAUUGCAGGAGGAUGACCUCUUGCAUGUGGUUCAAAUGAUUCAUGAUAAUAAGAGCGAGGAAACAUAUACGAAGAAUGAUGUUGACCUGGGAGAGUUCCAUGUCGAUUUGUAUACAUUACCAGAGUCACUAGUCAAGAUGCUUUGGGAUUUCGUCCAGACCACGCAAGGAAAAGGUUACUAGAUAGGAGAUGAUAUUUCAUCGAUUAUGGAGAAAGCUAGCUAUAAUACACACAUUUGGGAGGGAAGCAAUAUAGCUAUCGAAAUUGGAUCAUGGAUGGUCGAUGGAUGCAUUCAUUUAUGGCAGCUAUUUCGAAAAGCGUUUUUCACAGAACUUUUACGCAAGCAAAGAGAGGACUCAUUUUCACAAGUCCAACUUCCACGGCGUUCCAAUUUUCAUCAUCGGGCAUAGGAUGGCAUUUCGAUUGCUACAUUUUUUAGUUACUUUUUCUCGUCUUCAUUGAACGGAGGCGGUAGGGCGUGAGCGGGUGGGCGUACUUCUUCGGAUCCAUCUUGCAGAAAGUCGCGUUACAUGGCAUGCUCUUGGUCAAUAUUUGUCUAUGAAGCAUAGUGGCCGGGAUGGUGGAUCAGAUCAGAUCAUGGUGGUUCACGAGAUACAUAACUGGCAAAAUUGAAUGAAUGGAUGAACGAAUGGAUGGAUGGUAGGAGGAAAUUGAAUAGGAAUGAAAUGGAAUCUUUAUAGAACACUGGUUUAUUUCAGUGUUAUUUUGUGG